CAGCGGUUUUUACAGAAGUUCGGUAACGCAGAAUCUUAAUGACAUUUAAACGACUCCAAACUCACUCACUCUUCAAAAUUCCCAAUGUUUUGCAGACUCUUCAAAAUCCAAUUGAUUUACAAAUUUCCGCCAUGGAAGCCUCUGUGAGAAUCUUAAACCCAACCAUUCUCAAUGUCAAUCGUCACCUCUUCAACAAAACCCCACCACCCUCCGUUAUAUUCCAACCCAGAAUUCAGAGACCCGCGAAGCACACAAUCUCAUUUAGAAGAAACGGCGUCGUUGCACGGACUUGCUUUAGUUCUUCAUUCUCACCCUUCUGUCGACUGCCCACAACCGCUUCCGAUCCAAACCCAUUUAGAGGGUUUCUUUCUCUCUCUACCCCUGCCCCAAUCAAUCAUUUCGACCCGCCGAUCUCCCAGUCAAACGACAGCGUUUUCGCAUGGAAUCGAGCUUCCCUGAGCGCUAUUAACGGGAGUGCUGGGGCUUUUGGGAACAGAGAGCGUGAGGUAACAGUGGUUCUGCUUGGUUGGCUCGGAGCGAAGACGAAGCACCUCAAAAGGUACGUGGAAUGGUACAAUUCGAAGGGUAUUCAUGCGGUGACCUUCGUUGUUGAUGUUAGAGAGGUAAUUUGGUUCGAUUUUGGGCGGAGAGUUGAAAAACGGAUAGAAGAGAUGGUCCAUGAGCUUGUUUCUUGGGUUACACAAGGAGGAUUAGAUGGCAGAGAACGGUGCUUGGUUUUUCACACUUUUAGCAAUACUGGUUGGUUUGUAUACGGUGCCAUACUUGAAAUUCUUCAGGGUCAACCUGAUCUGAUAGAGAAGAUUAAAGGUUGUAUUGUUGAUUCAGGAGCAGGGGACCCCUUCAAUCCUCAGGUCUGGGCCGCAGGAUUUUCUGCUGCUAUUCUGCAGAAACGCAGCUCAACUUCGUGCCCUGCAGGUGAGACUAGAGAAUUCAAUGGAUCCAAAACUGAAGUGAGCAUGUCAAUAACACAAGAAAAAGAGCCUCCAGUAUUAGAAAUCUUGCUUCUAUCGCUAUUAGAGAAGAUCUUCUCAGUUGUAUUAAACUUACCUGAUGUUAAUCAGAGGUUAAAAAAGACAGUUUCAAUCCUAUCAAGAAACCAACCUUCUUGUCCUCAGCUUUACAUGUAUAGCACAGCUGAUAAAGUGAUGCCAUUUGAGUCAGUGGAGUGGUUCAUUGAAGAGCAAAGGAGGAUUGGGAAAAAGGUAAGGUCAUUUAAUUUUGGUUCAUCUCCUCAUGUGGACCACUACAGGGCUUUUCCUGACCUGUACUCAUCAGAACUUGAAACUUUUUUGCGAGAGUGUUUUGCCACGGUUAAGCAGAAGUAAAUCCUUCAAAUCUAGAUGAUUUGUGUAGACUAGUAAUUUUGUUGCUGCAAGCUUUUUUGGCAUCGCUGAGCUAUCAAAUUAAUUUUACGAGGAAUGAAUAUUCAUUUUAGGUUAUAUUUAGAUUAAUUGCAGGCAAAGUUAGUUCGUAGAGUUCGUUUUUCCAAUUCCGUUUUAUCACAGAAGAUUACUUUCCUCUCUUGCACCUUCUAUGUUAUGCAUUCUUCCUCGGUGUCUUAUGGGUGUUUUAAUUGAAGAUAAUUACAGUUAAAUUGUCUGUAAAUGAGGUUGGCUGUUUAAGGUAAUAAAAUCUGCCGACCAGGAUAGCGCUUAUUCAGUUCUCCUGUGAUGCUAGAACAGGACUAGUUCGAGAUGGAGUUUAAUCCUUCAAUCACCUGUAAACUUUGAUUGUGUCUUAUUGGUAACCAUGAGGAUUAGAGUUGUUUCCCAGAUGUGAAUGUUAUCAUGUAGAUGUGCCUCGUUCAAUGUUUGAAAUUGUAGAAUAAUUUGCAAACUGUGGAAAACAAAACAGAAUCUGGAAAAAUGUGUUUUUCGUUAAUAAGAUGAGAUUGUACAUUGCACUU